UUUUCCGAUAUAUCGAAUACCACACAAGUAUUGGUGGGGAAGUUCAGAAAGAUUCUCAAAAUUCAGUACAUGACAACUCGACUAUUUUGAAUCGCGAAGCAAAGGGGGAACUCCAACACUCGUACAGCUCGCCUCCAGUUGUCCAGUUCAGUUGUUCAGUCUCACUCGUUUGCCGGUUGGACGUGUUUAUAGUUCGCAGAAGUUUGGGUGCUUUCGCUUUGAGGAUUUUUUACUAACUUUUUUUCUGCAAAAUGGCAACGAACAGGGCUACUAAAAGUGGAUUUGCCGCCGAAGCUCAAAGAAGGGUUAACGCCAAAUACAGCGAAGAUUUAGCGCGAGAAUGUUUAGAAUGGAUCGUCACCAUCACCAGCGAAAAUAUUUCAACUAACGGAGAUAUGGAUAAUUUUUACGAAGUUUUGAAAGACGGAACGUUAUUAUGCAAGUUGGUCAAUACUAUCAAACCAGGUAUUGUGAAGAAAGUCAACACUUCCACAAUGGCAUUCAAAUGCAUGGAAAACAUCAAUGCUUUCCUUGAAGCAGCAAAAGAACUAGGAGUUCCUCCACAAGAAACAUUCCAAACAGUAGAUCUAUGGGAGAGGCAAAAUUUGAAUUCCGUAGUGAUUUGUCUUCAGUCAUUGGGAAGAAAGGCUGACAAAUAUGGCAAACCCCACAUUGGACCAAAGGAAGCGGAGAAGAACGAAAGAACGUUCUCCGAAGAGAAACUUAAGGCUGGACAAACCAUCAUUGGCCUUCAGAUGGGAAGCAACAAAGGUGCCAACCAAUCCGGGAUCAAUUUCGGAAAUACAAGACACAUGUAGAUUUAUAAGAACUACUACAUAGAUUCCUGAAAAAAGUAUAUACUUUAUCAUCAAUUAUUUAUAUAGUCUUUAAGUGAUUUUUGUUAAUUUACUCUAGAAAUAUCGCUAUACAAAAGAGUUGAAGUUUUCGAUCAAUUUUUUUUUUAGAUGAAUUUAUCGCGGAUAUAAUCCGAGUUGAACAUUCCUUUGAAAUCUUUGUCUCUGAGACUAAUAAAUUUAUAUUUCAA